UUGAGAAGUUAACUAACGGUGUCUGAUUCAAACAAUCUUCUCAUCCUUUCUCAUCGCCCAAUAACAUCUAUCCACGUAUAUCUCCAUUUCUUUGCAAACCCAGAUCCCGAAAAGUCAAAAUGGUCUCAAAAAUCCAACGAUUCUUCCCCAAUCGCCAAAAUCUCAGUUCUUGAUUUUGCUAAAAUUUCACAAUUCAGGAUUCCAAUCUUGCCAGUCCGAUGAAACCCAAGUUGGGGUUUUCGGUGCUGUUAGUGUUGGUCUCAGUUUUACAUUUUAGUUCCAUAGCUGAAUCCAAAUGUAGUAAAGGAUGUGACUUGGCUUUAGCUUCAUACUACGUGAUGCCGGAGACAAAUCUCACUUUCAUAGCUCAAGUUUUGCAGUCUAACCUUAAUAUCAACCCUAGUACAAUUGUCAGUUACAACAAGCAAACGAUAACCAAUCAAGACAGUGUUCAAGAUGGUGUAAAGGCCAAUGUUCCUUUCCCAUGUGACUGUAUCAACGGCGAGUUUCUGGGUCACAUGUUUGAGUACACGGUUCAUUCAGGGGAUACGUACUUGACGGUGGCACAGACGUAUUAUGCCAAUCUGACCACGUAUCAGUUGCUGCAGAAGUAUAAUAGCUAUGACUCCAACAAUAUACCUGAUACCAAUGCCAAGUUGAAUGUCACGGUCACUUGUUCUUGUGGAGAUAGCUCGGUUUCGAAGGAUUACGGUUUGUUUAUUACGUACCCACUUCGGCCAGAGGACACCGUGGAAUCGAUUGCCUCGGCUACGAAUCUUAGUGUAGCGUUGCUGCAGAGUUACAACCCAGGAGUGAAUUUCGGUCAAGGGAGUGGUGUGGUGUAUAUUCCAGGCAAAGGUCUCCCAAUUGCAUAGUAGUUUAUUGAGAGGAGAUUGAGUGCCAACUGCCAUUACCAUGGACUCUGGUGGGCAUUUUGGGAGAACGAAGUUAAGCCAUUGAAGUGAAAAUUACAUUAGUGGGCCUCCUUGAAGUGGGUAAAUUAUUUAUUUUUUGGUUUAACAUUCAGAAUUUCACGGUUGUAAUGGAAGCUCGGGAGGGAAAGCAGAACACCUAGAAUUGUUUCUUGUAUUUUAUAAUAUAACUGCCAAAACUGUUAGGGCAGCUAGUAUUUUGUGAUAUAAUUGCCAAAACAGUUAAGGUAGCUAGUAUUUUGUGUGGUACAUUAGAUCUAUGCUUCAGUUAGCUUCCUAUUUUCAAAUAUCUUUAUACUAAAUCUAAAAGGUAUUUACUCUGUUUCUUUUUA